AAACCGCCUACCAAACACAAAUGCUUCAAUUCUCCAUAAACAAAGUGAAGUAUCGUUUUUACAUGUUUUCAAAAUCACCCCCAAAUCGCUCACCAGGCCUCAGCUUCAAACUCAUCAACUCUUACUUGGUCACCGGAGACUUACGACGCGCACGCCAAUUGUUCGAUAAAAUUCCUCAACCAGACCUUCGAUCGUGGACCCUUUUAAUUUCAGCUCAUACGCAACAUGGGUUCUCAAAAGAAGCCAUAAAAAUUUACAGCACAUUGAAGUUGAGGAACAUCAGGCCUGAUAAAUUGCUAAUUUUGUCGGUCGCUAAGGCCUGUGCCUUGGCUAGUGAUCUUGUUAAAGCUAGAGAAGUUCAUGAGGAUGCGGCCCGUUUUGGGUUUCAUUCGGAUACUUUGUUGGGUAACGCGUUGGUUGAUAUGUAUGCGAAAUGUAAGAAUGUUGAUGGGGCGAGAAGGGUUUUUGAUGAUAUAUGUAUUAAGGACGUGGUUUCAUGGACUUCGUUCUGUCGUUCUUAUGUGAAUUGUGGGCUACCAAGGCAAGGGUUGGAGGCUUUUCGUGAGAUGGGAUUAAAUGGGGUUAGGCCUAAUUCGGUGACAGUUUCUUCGGUUCUACCUGCUUGCUCUGAAUUGAAGGAUGUGAAUUUGGGAAGACAAAUGCAUGGGUUUGUAAUGAGGAAUGGACUGGAAAGCAAUGUUUUUGUGAGUAGUGCACUUGUGAAUAUGUAUGCCAGUUGCUUAAGAAUUAGGGAAGCUGAAUUGGUGUUUAGUAACAUGUCUCAUCUAGAUGUUGUGUCUUGGAAUGGGAUAUUAACGGCAUGCUUCUUAAAUAAAGAGCUUGAGAAGGGUCUUGCUUUGUUUUAUAAAAUGAGAAAUGAAGGUGUGAAACUGAAUACUUCCUCAUGGAACGCGGUGAUUGGUGGGUGCACACAAGGUGGAAGAAAUGAAUUAGCUCUUGAGUUACUUGGACACAUGCAAGAUUCAGGGUUCAAACCCAAUCAAAUCACAGUUAUAAGUGUCCUACCUGCUUGUACAAAUUUGGAAAGCUUAAAGGGAGGCAAAGAGAUUCACGGUUAUGUCUGUAGGAACUGGUUAAUCGAGGACUUGACAGUCACAACAGCCCUGAUUUUCAUGUAUGCUAAGUGUGGUAAUUUGGAAUUGUCGCAGAAAGUUUUUGGUUUGAUGCCAAUUAAAGAUACUGUGGCUUGGAACACAAUGAUCAUUGCAAACUCAAUGCAUGGGAUUGGAGAAGAAUCAUUGUUACUCUUCCGUGAAAUGUUGGAUGCUGGGGUCAGACCAAAUUCUGUUACUUUUACUGGUGUUCUGUCUGGCUGUAGCCAUUCAUGUCUUGUUGAUGAAGCGUUUUUUAUUUUUAAUUCAAUGAGUAGGGAUCACUCAGUUGAACCUGAUGCAGAGCACUUCUCUUGCAUGGUUAAUGUCCUUAGUCGUGCUGGUCAUUUAGAAGAGGCAUAUGAAUUCAUACUGAGGAUGCCCAAAGAACCAACUGCUAGUGCUUGGGGAGCAUUGCUUGGUGCUUGUAGAGUAUAUAAAAAUGUUGAACUGGGAAGGAAGGCAGCUUCGCGGUUGUUUGAGAUUGAACCAGGCAACCCGGGAAAUUAUGUGUUGUUAUUUAACAUUUUUGUUACUGCCAAACUCUGGGGUGAAGCUUCAGAAACUAGAAAAAUGAUGAGAGAUAGGAAAAUCACAAAGACACCAGGCUGUAGUUGGGUCCAAGUGAGAAAUAAAGUUUACACUUUUGUAGUUGGUGAUAGGAAUAAUACACAGAAUCAUGAAAUUUACAAAUUUUUGGAUGAGAUGAGUGAGAAAAUGAGGUUAGCUUGUUAUAUGCCCAACACAGAAUUUGUUUUGCAAGAUGUGAAUGAGGAGGAGAAGGAGGAGAUUCUUUGCAACCACAGUGAGAAGCUAGCGGUUGCUUUCGCAAUACUCAAUCUAAAUGGAGAAUCAUCGAUUCGAGUGUUUAAGAAUUUGAGGAUAUGUGGGGACUGUCAUAAUACCAUCAAGUUUAUUGCCAAGGUUGUUGGUUUGCAGAUCAUUGUAAGAGAUACCUUGAGAUUUCACCAUUUCAAAGAUGGGUAUUGUUCUUGUCGUGAUUUUUGGUGAUAAUUUGCUGUAUAUCAAAAGUCCUUCUCAGAGCAGUUUGAUGAAAUGAUCGCGGUUUGAGCAUCACAUGAUGAUGUGCUAUCAUGUUUUAAGACAUCAUAUUCUCCAGUGCUUCCAUAAUCUACCCAAUAUUAUGCCAUUUUUUCCCCCGAUUCAGGCAUUUGAGCUACCAGGUCAAUUAUGGAGGCACACGAAGAUCAAUCAAAUUUCAGCAUGGAGAUCAAUCAAAUUUCAGAGGGAUAUUGUGGGCAUCUUUUAAGGUAUAUGAUUGAUUCAGAUCUUGAUCAGUGUUGGGUUGAUUCGGUUGAGGUUCAUUACUUCCAUCUGAGGAUGAAGAUGAUUCGCUUGCAGGUUCUUUUUCCACAUGCUCCUAGGAAAUCAAAUUUGAACUACAUUAAUAUGCAUUUUGUUUAAGUCUUAUCUUU